CACAAUUUUACUCGAUUUUAUAAUCAAAUGUAACACAUAAAAAUUCUACAAAAAUUUUAAAUUGAUAGAAAAUAAUAAUGAGCAGGAAAUUACCGAAGAAUGGAGUUCCGAAUUCAAAAGAUGAUAAUUCGCAGGAUGAAAAUGAGGACUUGCAGCAAGCGAUUAAAGAAAUGGUCAAGACUCCCGAUAUAGAAGAAAGGCCAGGGACGAGUAGUAAACGUUCCGAUGUGCAGUGCGAUUCUCGAGAUUUGGAUAAACACAAACCGUUCUCGAAGGUGAUACAAAAAAGUCAAGUGGAACAAGAGUCCCAAACAGGAGAGCCCUGUGAAAAGCCUAGGAAAUCGAAACAUAAGCAUUCAAAAUUGGAUAGCGAGGACAGCUGGUCUACACUCCUUAUACAAAGGUUUACCUGGACAAAUAAAACUCAAACUACUGAUGUAGUUUUGCCCGAAAGUGUCCAAAUUAACACAGAUACAAUAAACGAAACACAACCGUCUACCACGGAACCAUUUAAAUGUGUCAAAGCAAAGAGUACGGAGAAAAUAAAUUCUUCUACCGAUACCUCAAACGAAAGCCUAAUACGAACAGAUCAUUACGGACAAUCAAAUGAAGGACAGAAGGAAAAUGCAUACGAUGGGAGUCCGUUAGUUGAUGAGGGAUCGAAUGAAGAAUCGGUGGAAUUUCUUGAGAAACUACGAAAAAUUGAGGAGGCCUCCAAACCCAAAACUUGGAGGAGACCAACACCGAUCGUAAUAAAGCCUAAAGAGGCAUCUUCCACCACGAAAAAGAAAGACGAAGUGGAGGCAACACUGCCCACUAGUACUGAGAAGCAUAGGUAUAUUAAUAUUUUAAAGGUUCCAUUACAUCGUAAUUUAAAUUAUGCCACGCAAGAUGAGUCGAAGCGGAACCCCGAUCAGCCACCGGGAGAUAACGAUCCUUCGCACUCGAACCGCCCGACAGAAUCGCCAGAGAAGGAACUAUCAAAUUCAGAAGGAACUUCCGACCAAAAACCUGAAGAAGUACCAGAAAAAAAGCAAGAGGAACCGACUGCAGAUCAGUCCGCUGAAAAAAAUCGUCGAAAUACAGAUUCUCAAAGAACCCUGACAAUAACUGGGCAUUCGCACGUUACCACAAAGCUAGAUAAACACUGUCAUUUCAAAGAGCAGGAAUCUGGAGUGGAUAAGCCCGCCAGACGCAAAUUAAUAGUCGCCUGCAUUCUGUGCUUGGUGUUCAUGAUUAUCGAGGCUGUCGGCGGAUUUGUUUCCAAUAGUCUGGCCAUUGCCACAGACGCUGCCCAUUUGUUAACGGACCUGUCCUCAUUUCUCAUCUCACUCUUCGCAUUGCAUCUGGCUGGAAGGCCUGCGUCUGAGCGACUCAACUUUGGAUGGUAUCGGGCAGAGGUCAUCGGGGCCAUGAUAUCCGUAUUCUUUAUCUGGGUAUUAACAGGCAUCCUCGUGUACAUGGCCAUUAUGCGGUGGGUGAACCAAGACUUCGAGCUGGACGCCGUGGUAAUGCUGAUCACGUCUGCGCUGGCCAUAGCAUUCAACUUGAUAAUGGCCGUGCAAUUGCAUUUCGACAACUUGCACUUCGUUCCGGGAAAGUUCAAAAGGUCAAAGGUCGUGGGAUCGGAGACAGGGAGCGAGGUCGGCUUGUCGAUGGUGGGCAGGUCUGUGUCCACCCAGCUCCCUGUAAAGGAGGAACAGAACAUCAAUGUGCGGGCGGCGCUGAUUCAUGUAAUCGGGGAUCUUAUCCAGAGCGUUGGGGUUUUUGUAGCCGCUUUGAUUAUAUUCUUUCUGCCGGCCUGGGCCUUCAUGGACUCGGUUUGCACGCUCUUCUUCUCGGUGCUGGUUAUUGUGGUCACAAUCAAAAUUUUAAAAGACGUCCUAAUGGUCCUGAUGGAGGCCACACCGGAUUUCAUGGAUUACGAGGAGGUCAAGCGGACAUUUCUAUCUAUUCCGGGAGUUGAGCAUGUCCAUAACCUGAGGAUUUGGGCUCUGUCCAUUAACAAGGUGGCCUUGUCCGCCCACCUGGCCAUUUCUAAGGAUGCCGAUCCUCAGCUGAUCCUCGAGGAGGCUACCAAACUGAUCCACAAACGUUUCCGAUUUUUUGAGACCACCAUACAGAUCGAGGAAUACUCGCCAGACAUGGAGAACUGUGAGCAGUGCUCGAGUCCUGCAGAUAAAAAUGAAAGACGAAAGUCCGCGGACUUGGAAAAGGGCGCAGCGGAUGCGGAUCCAAAAAAGAUGCAGAUGCAGCAGCCCGCCGAUUCUGAAAACGGAUAAGAGAUUAUUCCGCAGCCUCCUUUGAAAAGAAUCUAUUCGUGUUCACCAUUUUUAAAUGAUGUGUUAUACCUUUAAAUGAUACAAAAUUUAAAUGUGUACCAAUUAUUAUCCAAAUAUACGUAGAUUUUAUUUUA